ACCUCUGUCACCUGCUCUCAGACAACCGGGGCGAGCGGCACCGGGAGGAAAGGGCAGAGGGAAGGAAAGCAGCGGGACGGGGGGACCCCCAGGCUGGGGUGCCGGGUGGGCUCUGCCUCACUCUCCCUUCCAUCCUUCGGGAUCGCAGGCAAAGCGCUGGGCAGGGAGGCAGGGGGAGCUUGGCUGCCAGAGAAUGGCAGCAGGAUUUCCCUAGGAGGGCACGGCUGACUGGGAGAGGACGUGUGGGAGCGAGGGAACUGCGGGAGACCAGAGCAGCUUCUCAGCACCGUUGCCUGUCCUGUGAAGCGACAUGAGUCUCAAGGGAUCCCUCAACAGCAACCCUGGCUCAUCAAAUGGCAGCAUGGGCAGAGCAGACGGAGCUGCCAAGCUGAGCGCAAAGGACCUGUAUGAACAAAGGAAAAAAUACUCCAACUCCAAUGUCAUUAUGCACGAGACUUCACAGUACCACGUCCAGCACUUGGCCACCUUCAUCAUGGACAAGAGCGAGUCCAUCGUGACCGUGGAUGAUGCUAUCCGGAAACUCAUCUUGCUCAACUCCAAGGAGAAGAUCUGGACACAGGAGAUGCUGCUGCAAGUCAACGACAAGUCCAUCCGCUUGCUGGACUGCGAGUCACAGGAGGAGCUGGAGGACUUUCCUCUGCCCACAGUGCAGCACUGCCAGACGGUGCUGAACCAGAUGCGUUACUCCUCCAUCCUGCUCCUGGUGUGCCAGGAUUCGGAGCAGCACAAACCCGACAUCCACUUCUUCAACUGUGAUGAGGUGGAGGCGGAGAUGGUUCAUGAGGACAUAGAAAGUGCCCUGGCAGACCACAAGCACGGCAAGAAGAUACGGCCACAGACACUCAAAGCAAACCAAGAAAAGAUCAAGCAGAGACAAUCCAUCCUGCCACCGCCACAAGGGCCGGCCCCCAUCCCGAUCCAGCACGACGCGCGGGGCUCAGGGGUGAACAGGAACCGGGUGGCACCCCCUUCCCACCACAACCCAGACUAUGAACGACGAAGCUCCAGCUCCCACGACCACGAGGAGUCCCGAGCCAUCCUGGCACAGAAGAUUGAAAAAGAAACGCAAAUCCUGAACUGCACCCUGGAUGACAUCGAAGUGUUUGUCGCCAGGCUGCAGAAGGCUGCAGAGGCAUUCAAACAGCUCAACCAGAGGAAGAAAGGGAAGAAGAACAAGAAGAAAGGGCCAGCAGAGGGCAUGCUGACUCUUCGAGCGAGACCCCCCAGUGAGGCUGAGUUCAUUGACUGCUUCCAGAAAACCAAACUGGCUUUUAACCUCUUGGCCAAACUGAGAAAGCACAUCCAGAACCCCAGCGCUUCAGAGUUGGUGCAUUUCCUAUUUGGGCCACUGGAACUGAUCAUCAGCAGCUGUGGUGGCUCUGAGCUUGCCAGGUCUGUUGUCAGCCCACUGCUUUCUAAAGACGCCACAGAUUUCCUCAGAGGACACCUGACACCAAAGGAGAUAACCCUCUGGGAAUCCCUGGGAGAGACAUGGACCAGGUCUAGAGCUGAAUGGCCCCGAGAAGCAAACAUCCCCACCUACAUCCCCAAAUUCCGCAACGGCUGGGAACCACCCCUUGAAAUCUUCCGUGGAGCUCCCUGGGAAAUAGACAUUGGACACUUGCAAGAGGAGCUCUCCUCAGCCAAUGGAUACCCCUACCGGAACUCCUCCCUCAAGCGCCAGGCUGCUGAGCAGACCCAGGCUGGGGACUUCAAACAGAAUGUCAAUAGGAAUUUUGAGCCCCAGGGAAUGGCCCUGCCGAGGAGAUAUGCCAAAAUCCGCUACGACUUCACCGCACGAAAUGCCAAUGAACUCUCAGUGCUUAAGGAUGAAAUCCUGGAGGUGUUGGAAGACAACAAGCAGUGGUGGAAGUUGCUCAACCGGAGCGGGCAGCCUGGCUACGUCCCUUAUAACAUCCUGGAUGUGGUGAAACUGGAGGAGCUGGAGCUGGAACAGAAGUACAAAGGAGAGCUGAGCCCCAGGGGAUAUGGACCAUCCAGCCCAACUCACAAGCUCCCUGCCAGCUACGCCGGGGACAAGUGGGGCAGUGAGAUGCUGUCCCGCAACUCCCCCCAGGAGGCCAAAGAACAACUUAUUCACCACAUGGACGAGCUGAAUGAUGAGUUACUAAAGAAGAUCACAAACAAUAAAAUCCAGCCUCCCCACAGGAAUUUCAAAGUGGAAAAGCCUCAGGAAGCUUUUGUGCCCCUCACCUUUGAAUCCAGCACUGAGGAAGUCAAAGCCUGGCUAGAGGCAAAGUCAUUCAGCAAAGAGACAGUGGAACACCUUGGCAUCCUUACUGGAGCUCAGCUCUUCUCCCUCAACAGAGAGGAGCUGAAGAAAGUGUGUGGAGAUGAGGGAAACAGAGUAUACAGUAAAAUCACAGUGGAGAAAAACCAACUGGAGAAAAGCAGAGGGGAGUCAGAGCUCCAAGAAAUCAUGAAGCGUCGCCAGGAAAGGAUUGAUGCUGCUAAUUAAAAUCUAUCUGCUUUAUUUCAGCUAUUAGUCAUAGUAGUGCAAAAAAAGGGAAUGGAAGCAAUGACCCCCAGUCCAGACAAGAGGCAGCAGGGCUCUGGUGUAAUUGCCAUCAAAGUGACAGUUUCUUGAACACUGUUGAUAAGGGUAAACAAUAAGACCACAUCCCAUUGGGAAAGGUGUUUUAAUAUUGCAUGAAAUAUUUUUUUUUUUAUAACUAUAUAUUUUAUACUGAAAUUUUAUGUGCAUGCAUAAGAAUCCACACCUGUCUGAAUGUGACAAGGGCUGGAGUCAAGCAAAAAAAGACCUUGCAAAGCUUUUCUCCAAGGGCUGUGCCUGCUCCCACCCCCUGGCUGGUGUGGCUGGGGCAGGGAGGGCUCAGCAGGCAGCACAGACCCAGCCAGCCCGAGUGGUGAGAGUCUGGACCAUGGAAAUGAGCCUUUCCCCCCAAUUUUCACUUCCUUCUCUGUGGCAGAUACCCCCUGCAGCCCACCAGCCCUGUGACAACUCACUGUCCUCCUUCUUUCCACCCACGCCCCCUCGUUGAGCGAGGCUGGAAUGGCAACAGAUGUUGCCUGAGACUGGUUCCUUCCCAAAAUACAGGCACCAGUCUGUGCUGCCUUUGGGAACGGGCAAGAUCCCAGUGAUAACUGAUGGGAUCUCAACUGCCAACAGGGCAGCUCAGCCCCACCACCCCUGCUGAGGCAGAGCUGGGGCUCAGGACAGCUGUGAAGCCCUUCUCUUAGGCACCUGCAGUGGAAAGUUGAGGAAUUGUCCAAGCCAGGCCCCAAACCAGGAGCAGGGAAGUCCCCACCAUUUGUCCCAGCCCCAAAAAUGUGAAGGUGGAGAUGAAGUGGUGACUGAAAAUGGGAACACCUUCCAGGACCUUUGGCACUUUGUCCCCACCUUCCCAUUUUCAGUCACCACAUCAUCCUCACCAUUACAUGUCCAUGACAAGGAGUAACCUGAAAUGAUUCCUAAAUAUCUAGGGAACAAAAGCACACUAGAAAAGGCUGUUUUAAGACCAAAUAAAUGGCCACGAGGGGAAAAAAAAAAAAAAAAACAAAAGAAUGUAGUAGAGGCUGUUGGUCUUCACUUCCUGCUUCUCUUAUUAUGUGCACAUACAUGUGUCUACCUAGUGAAACAGCCCCCUUGGCAUCAUGGAAUGGUUUGGGUUGGAAGGGAUUUUAAAGAUCACCUAGUUCCAACCCCCCUGCAUAGGCAGGGACACCUCCCACCAGCCCAGGUUGCUCCAAGCCCCAUCCAACCUGCCCUUCAACACUUCCAGGGAUGGGGCUUCCACAAUUUUCCUGGGCAACCUGAUCCAUAGGAAUGGGGGGGGGGAAAUAAAUCACUUUCCCUAGACUCAUAACUAAGUGAUUACACACCAGUAGGUUACUUAAAAGUUUUAAAAGCUCAAGCAAACACAGAGUAGAUUUCCUGUCCACGGCAAGUUUGGCACACACAUCAUUUUUAUCUAUAUUUUACUUACAGGCCAACUUGAUAAGGACACAGCAAAGCAAGCCCAGGCACAGGAGCUGCCCACAGACCAGACAGACUUUGUCUUUCUCAUUCCCACAUUAACUUUGGUUGAAGGGGAAUUCAGGCCCAAACUCCACAAAGACCCACACACUUGCUUUCCUUACCUGCUGUCAAGGGUCCCACCUCCCCCAAAGGUUAAGCACAAGUCUGAGUCUUUGCCCAGUUUGGGCCUGUCCUUGCAGAUCUAAUGGGAAAAGCUGCCAAGCAGGGGCUGGGGAGCACGUGUCUUAAGCAUGAGUCCUACUGCACCUCAAGUUUGGCUUUGUUCUCCCAAAAUCAUUCCUACUGAAUGAUAUCUUUUCUUAAUCUUGAAACAGGACCUUGUUAGCACCAGCAGAUCUGGGGUGCAGGCAGGAAGCUCACAGAGGGGGAUGAUAUGUUUAGUCCCAAGCCUGCUGGCUUGCCAUGAGGCUGGAGUCUGCAAUGGGCACUCACCUUCUCAGGGAGGGAUGAUGAGGAGAAUCCACCUGAGAAGCUCUGGCUCUCAAUUGGGGUGGAGAUGGGAAGUAGGUGUGAACACCAGCAAUCCAUUGGUGUUACAAGCACAGGAGGCUACAUCAUUUCUAAAAUGAAAAUAAAAACAAAUGGUGAGCUAGGAAACACACCACCAUUCUUCUCUUUGGGUAUAAAGGAAAACUAAUCACACAGAAUUAUAGUCACUUGGGAUUAUAACAGAAGAGUCCAGGCCAGCUGGGAGUCACAGGAGCAUUUUGUAAAAUAAAACUAUCAGUAAACCUUAUUGCAGGAGUCACUUUUCAAAAUUCCCAUAUGACUGAGCUGUUCUAUAUGUACUGCAGGCAAUGCUAUAAUGUACUGUACAGGAAUGCAACUGAAGGAUAAAGUGAUAUAACCAUGCACUGUAUCAGAUUUAUUAAACUAGUUAAGUUAUACUUGUAACUCCA